AUGGCCUACAAGACUCCGUUAGGGAUGAGUCCCUUCCGGAUCGUCUAUGGUAAGGCAAGCCACCUUCCGGUGGAAAUUGAGCACAGAGCCUAUUGGCCAGUAAAGCGGUGCAACAUAGAUUUGACCCAAGCCGAAGUAGCCAGAAAAUUACAGCUAGAAGAGCUCAAGUGUUUGAGGAACGAAGCGUAUGAGAAUGCCCAGAUUUACAAAGAAAAGACUAAAGCAUUCCAUGACCAUCACAUCCGGAAAAAGGACUUUCAAGAAGGUGAUGAGGUUCUCCUCUACAAUUCGAGGCUUCGUUUCAUGCCCGGCAAGCUCCGCUCUAGAUGGGAAGGACCUUUCAAGGUGAAGGAGAUAAAGCCCUAUAGAGUGGUGGAGUUGUUUGAUCCUAAAAGUGAAGCAACCUUCAAGGUGAAUGGACAUAGAGUGAAGAAUUACUAUGGCUACAAGCUCCCAAAAGAGCUAGAGGUGUUCCUAUUGGUGGAUGCACCUAGAGAAGGAGAAGCUUGA